AUGUCAUUUCCCAAGCUUGACGCUGCCCGUUUUCGGUGGCAUCCCUCUCCCACCGACAGCAGAGCUGUACAAAGACUGGCCAACGGUACGGAAGCUUGGGUUGGAAUUCGAGAUGAAAAUGCCAAAGGGCAAUACGACUGCUACCUUAAUACCACUAUACGUUUAGAGGCUGCCCCGAAGCUAUCAUUAUCAGACCUGAGAGAAGCGCUCCACUUGGCUCUGGUUCAAGUCCGAUUCGAACAUCCAGACUUUGCCUGCACAGCCAUUUGGGGUCAGGACGAUAACCCAAGCCUUCCCCACAUUCAGUAUAAAUCGCCCGCAAGCAACGAAGAGGCGCUUGAAUGGGCUCAAGAAUGCGUCAGCACUCGCGCCGCACGCUAUGGCGGUCUGGACCUGCACUUGGAGCUGUGUAAACAACGCAGAACCAUGCGUAUCGCGCAGUCAGCUCGCUCUAUUUCUAUCAUCUUGAUAGCGGAUGCGGUUGAUGACCAAGCUAAGCUCAAUGCUGGCGCGAAAGUGGAAAUGCUCAUGUUGUUCAAUCAUAUAUUCUGGGACGCAAUGGGUAGUCGUGACUUUGUUGGACAGCUGCAGACUCACCUUGCCACGAUUCUGGACACUGCCGGGAGCUACCAAUUACCCGACUUUAAAUGGGGAGACGAGAUAUCCAACUUGACUGUGCCACUGCUGGACGCGUGCAAAGUCAAUGUGGAGGCCUUAGGGGCCGACUUUGAAACUUCACGCACCGAGUUCGUGGAUAGCUUGAUGAGAAGUGGGUCGAGCUGGGGUCUACCUGUUACCAAUAAUGUCGGGGAUCCGCGUUCAGAAUGGUACACAUUCAGCAAGAAUGACAGCGAAAAGAUGGUCCAAGCUGUCAAAGAGCGUUUGGGGCCUAACUACACCAUCUCUCAUCUAGGCCAUGCUGCUACGGUGCUUGCCUUGCUCGAGAAGAACCCUGUUCCUGAUGAUGCACCAGAUAGCACGGCUCUUAUCACGGCUUUGCCCGUCAACGGGCGACGAUAUCUGCACGAUGAGCUCGCAGUUCAUCGAUUUGGCGCUUGUCAGGCAGGUGCCGUGGUCGAGUUUCAGCACCUCAAGACGUGGGCACCCAAGGCCAACGCACAAGGCACCAAAACUGCUUUAGAAAACCUCUGCAAACAUGUGAAGAAAUCUUAUGACUAUUGGCUGAAGAACGAAUAUCAACUGGCCUUGGGAAUUGCCAAGGACAAUUUCUUGUCUGCGUUUCUGGCCUCGACACCAAUGCCAUUCACAGGCUCCUCCGUACCAAUUUUUGUUACAGAUGGCUUGGUAGACCGCUUCGUUAUGAAGAAUGUACUGAACUCGAAGGGCGAAAUCAUCUUCAGCGUAGACAGCUGCCACUUUGGCGUCGACACGUAUGGCUCUGAUAUACUUAUCCGCAUGGAUAGCUGGGAUGGUUCCACGGUCUUGUCCAUCUGCUACAACGACGGGUGUCUGGAGCCUACAAUAGCACGGGAGUUCCUGAACAUCCUGGCGGAUUUCAUGCUAAGUUUUGUCGACGAAGCGCAGUGA